UAUUUCGGCGGCAGCGCAGUUUUGUGCGGCCGCGGCAUGCGCAUGCAUGAACUGAUGACAGUCAUGACAGCAAUGGUUGGCGCAACUUUCAAGAAUUAGUGACGUUGAUCAACAAAUUAAUGGUUUGAUUUUGUCCAGUUUCUUCUGCAUGUUAACAUUGACAUUGCUGGUCACCACACACCAUGUCUAAGAGUAGCAGUAAGCAAAAGCUCCAAGAUGAAGCCCCAUCAGCCAAACGAGCUCGUCGUGGGACUCCUACUAUGUCAAGUGAUGACAUUAGUGACAGUCAAGAGGAAAACCUGAGUCAAGUUGCUGAUAUUGAAUUGAGUCCUGAGGCUGAGUAUGGCAUCAUUGAACAUGUGAGUGUUAAAAACUUCAUGUGCCACAAGCGUCUGGAAUUCAACUUUGGCCCAAAUGUCAACUUCAUUGUGGGACGAAAUGGAAGUGGAAAGAGCGCCGUCCUAACAGCUAUAGUCGUAGGACUCGGAGGUAAAGCUACAGCCACAAAUAGAGGCUCUUCAAUUAAGAACUUCAUCAAGAACACAGAGCAACAAGGAGAAGUCACUAUCAAACUGCGUAAUCGUGGACUAGAUGCCUAUCGACCAGACCUUUACGGCUCAACCAUCAUUGUGGAGAGACGCUUGAAGGCUGAUGGUAUGUCUAGCUAUAAACUCAGGGCCAAGGAUGGAAGGGUCAUCUCACAGAAAUAUGCAGAACUACAACAGAUCAAGGACCAGUUUAACAUACAGAUUGACAAUCCCAUGUCCAUCUUGAAUCAAGACACAAGCCGAAACUUCCUACAUUCCCAGGAUCCUAAAGACAAAUACUCGUUUUUCCUGAAGGCCACUCAGCUUGAGCAGAUGUCCAAUGACUAUGCCAACAUCCAGCAGCACAGGGACAUGAUGCAGAAUACUCUCAGUAGGAAAGAGGAGAUUCUUCCUGAGUUACAGCGUGAGGUUUUUCAAAAUGAGCAGCGUUUUAAGGAUCUAGACUCCAUACAGAAACUGCAGAAGAAAAGAGAUGAUCUGAUGCACAUUGCUGCAUGGGCACAGGUAGCUGCAGAAGAGAAGGUAUUGGAAACCAUGCAGAAGGAGUUACGUCAGGAAGAGAGUCGCAUGCCCAAGUUUGAUGAGAAGAUUGAGGCAUCAGAGGCCAAAGUAGCUAGCAGAGAGACUCACUUUCGUGAGUUACAAGACCAGUUAACUGAACUUGGUGAAAAGAUCAAAGAACUACAGCCACAACAUGCAAUGGCCAAGGCAGAGAUGGACAAAGAGAAGAAGAAGGAACGAGAUCUAGAGAAGAAGGUUCGCUCCAAUCAAAAUCAGUUGAAGAGUCUAAAUGUAGACAAGAAUGACUUGCAGUCAAGAAUCAACGAACUCAAGAACAGUGCUCGCAGAGAUUAUGAAGAUGAACGAAACAAACGUGAAGCUGAGAUACAGAAGCUUCAGGAGCACAUUCAAGCUCAGGAGGCGCAGUGUACCACAUUGGAACAAGAUUUAGAGCAGUUUAUAUCUGCUCUCAAUAGAGCCAAAGAACAGACCUAUGGCCUCAGAACCAGAGAUGCAGACAUAAAGCACAACAUGGAUGCAAAGGUACGAAGAAUCCGGCAUCUUGAAGACAGUCGUAAGGAUCGUCUGAAGCUGUAUGGUGACUUCAUGCCUACAUUACUGAAUGAGAUCAAUAAGGCCACUCAGCGGUUUCAUCACAAGCCAAAAGGACCCAUAGGAAACUAUCUGAAACUAAGAGAUCCACGCUGGGCUAUUGGCAUUGAGGCUUGCUUAAAGGGACUUCUGUACAGGUUUUGUUGUCAUGAUUACCACGACAUGAAUAUCUUGAACCAGUUGAUCUCUCGUUAUGUCCCCAACAAGAAACAGCGACCAGGAAUCAUAGUAUCAGCCUUUCAGGACCAGCGGUAUGACAUCUCACAGGGGGCAGUACAAUGUCAAGACUACCCCUCCUUGUUAGACAUGCUAGACAUUGAAGAUCCCAUCAUCUACAAUUGUUUGAUUGAUCAACGUGGUGUUGAAAGUAUUCUGUUGGUGGAGACAAGCCAAGAUGCACGUAACCUAUUGCGUUUGCACACACCACAUAACUGCAGUCAGGCAUUCACAUUGAGUGGAGAUCAGGUCUAUGCUGGUCGUGAUCAGCGUUAUUACUCCAAUCGAAGCACCAAGGCUAAAGUACUGCAGGGUGACGUGGAGGAAGAUAUCAGUGACAUGCAGAAUGAGGUGCAGGUGUUGGGGCAGCAACAGAAGGAUGUACAACAACAGCUGAAGGACCUAGAUACAACGAUCCGACAGAAUGAACAGCAGAAACGACGAGCAAAUACUCAACGAUUGAAACUGAAGGAUACUAUCAACCAGCUGAUCUAUGACAAGCGACAGUUGGAAGCAGUAGAAGAUGUUCCUCCAGUGGAUGUGAGCACACUAGAAGAAGAAGUAGCUACACUAGAGAGAGAGAUUGAGGCAUAUCAGGCAACCCUGGAUGACUUGGGGGCUCAUUAUAAGCUGAUCCACAAGGAAUAUGACACACUCAAACAACAAUUUAGUGCAAUGGAUGAACAAAUGAAGAAUUUUGCUGAUAAAGUUGAGCCAAUAAAGGAUGAUGUGUUGAGUGCCACUGCUGAAAUCGAAUCCGCUAAGAAUCAUCUGAAGCACUACACCAACAAGAAAAAAGAACACGUGGACAACCUGAAUGCCCUGCAGAAGAGACAAGAUGAUAAAGCCAAACUGGUGCAGGAGAUGAUAGGGAAAGCCAAGCAGGUUCAUGCAGAGAGAAUUGCGACUGCCAGAAAGCCACAGAAUAUUGAUAGUGAAAUUGACCAAAUUACCAAAAGGAUUGAAAAGGAACAACAAAGCAAAGGGGAUCCUGAACAGAUCAUCAGACGGUACGAUGAAACAAAAAGAAGCUACAUAAAGAUCAAGAAAGAACUGACAAUGUUUCGGAAAUUCAUUGAGAAACUUGACAAACUUCUUGAAUUGCGUAAAAGUACGUUCCUGGUUGUACGUCGACACAUUGCAUUACGCACCAAGUUCUUCUUCAUCAUGACUCUCUCCAAGAGAGGCUACAAUGGCAAGAUUACUUUCAAUCAUCGAGAUGGUGAACUUCAUAUCACUGUCCAGCCUACUCAAGGAGAUGGGAUGGGAUCUCAAGACAUGAAGUCACUCUCAGGAGGAGAACGCUCCUUUUCUACUGUGUGUUUCAUCAUGGCUUUGUGGGAGAGUAUGGAGACACCCUUCAGAGCCUUGGAUGAGUUCGAUGUCUUCAUGGAUAUGGUGAAUCGUAGAAUCAGCAUGGAUCUGAUGCUUGCCGUUGCUAAGGAACAGCGCAUGAGGCAGUUUAUCUUCCUGACCCCCCUGGAUAUGAGCAAGAUUUCUGCUAGUCAUCUUGUGCGAAUCUCACGUAUGCCUGACCCUAUCUGUGAUGGACAGAGUGUCUUACCAUUUGAGCCUGUCAACCGUAGAAGUGAUGCAGAUGAGGAGAAUGCAUAGGAUAGCAGGUAGAAAUCAAAGACCACAUAUUCACGCAUGCCAGGUUGCCAUCAAGUAUUGAGUUUCUUGCCAUGUUGUAAACAGAACAAGUGCUGGGGGACAUCUUCACCUCAUUUAAAGAUCAUUGCACUACUAUGUUUAGUAGCAUUAAUUAUAAAACAGACACGUUCACUACUCUUGUGGUUUAAAUACUAACUCAGAAAAAGAGUUGGUACAUGUUGGGAGGGCGUGGGCCACGUUCUGCCUACCCCCCCCCCCCUUUCCGAAUCUGCUGUUGAAAAAGUGCCUUAAGAUAUGAAGUUGUACUGUUUUCAUUUAAAUAUUAAGUAAAAGUGUACUCGGUUUCACCUUUAAUGUUUGCCAAAUCGCUUUACAGUGAAAUCUCGAUAAGUCACACUCUGAUAACUUAAAACAACUGUUAAGUCAAACAAAGAAUUCAUUGCCUUCAGUAGUAUAACAAUGAUACAACCCUGCUAAACUCAAAACUCUACUUAAGUCAAAUUUUGAACCUGUUCCCUGGAGGUUUGACUUAUCAAGAUUUCACGGUUUUUACAAUUGAGAAUUCUAUUUUUAACAAGUUACUCCAAUUUAAAAUGUAAAAUGCACGGUACCAGUACUUAUAGGAAAUAUUCCUUUAUCAUAAUUUCUCCAAAACAAAUGCCCAUUACACAAGCCAAAAAGGUGUAUCAGAAGUAAUGUAAACAGGUCAUAUAACUGACAUAAAAUUAAUAAAGAUGUACAGAUUACCCUCCAUAUGGGUCUUUCCACACCACUGGGGUAGAAUUGAAUGCAGAUUGGAGGUUUGAGAGAGGGACAUCGAAGGUAAAACAAAGCAAGAUAUUUUGUUCAGUUUUUCCCUUUCAUUCGUACGGCCUUAAUGAUCAUGUAAAAAUGUAGAGGAUUGUCGUGUUCUACAGAAAUUACAGGGGUCAUUGUAUAUCAUUACUUAAGUAACAUGACAGAAUUGUCGCUAUAAAUUGAGAGGACGUUAGUUAUGUGCAUGAUUUUACCCAAAUAUUGUCUCAUUUAUAUUCAUAGCCCAUUUAGGAUUGCUAACAGCCACAAUAAACACAAUUUUCUUGGUCUUUUUAAAGACGUUUAUAUGUAACGUAUGUAACAUGGACAGAAAUCUUGUGACAAAUUUUGGUCCCUGUUACGUACGUAAUAUUUGAACUUACCCAGUGACGCCUUACAGUAGAUUGUCUUGGUUUAUAUGGGAAAGAUGAUAAGAACAAAUAGGCACACUUUUGGGUAAAUACAUGUACAUUUAUUGUAUUUCUAACUUUCUAUCAAUAUCAACAAACUUUCUGUCCACAUUACGUACAUAACAAUCCAAGCAUGUACAUCUUGUAAAAUCUGCCAGGAAAGUAAGUCUUAUAUUCUUUGUGAGCACAAUCCUCAAAAA